ACAGCGCAGUACACAGAACGCUGUUUUCAGUCGUCAUUUCAGUCCCUGUGUCGGCGAGAUAGAGUGACUGUCUUUGAAUCUUCGACGAGUUCGACUGUAGGCCCGUGAAGUUUGCUGGCGGGCGGACGUACUGUACGUACACGGUGUGCGUGUUAUGUGGUGUCGUGCCCGCGAUAGCGCUGCAGUACGCUUUGUCCCUGUUCGCAUGCCUCCUGCGCCUGUGCUAGCGUUCGUUCGAUUCAAGACGCGUUGAUUCACGUGGACGCGAGCGGCCAAGUGUGCUUCAAAUGUGACUCCGUGCGGUUGCUCCGAGGACGUUCACGUGUAACAAUUUCCGAGACAGGUACUAUAAACUUGCGGGAUGCGCCUACGGCAUCCACGAAGCCCUCAACGUCGUCCUGCGCCACUGCCUUGCGGACGGCAUUACCGUUACGGAUGAUAACAGUGCUGGUGAUCCGUUGCUUGUUCCGUGAACACAACCAAAAAUGAACGUUGCUACGCGCCCAAGUACUCGACCGGUGCUCCUUAGUCGGGCUAGUACUCAGCUGCUGCUUGCAGGAGGUACUUGGUCCGACAGCUUGUGGCAGGCACUGCGGAAGAGGGUGCUUUGUCCAGCAGAGAUGCACUUUUCUCGACAACGCCUCUCCGUACUGCAUCCUCCUCUACAAGGUAGCCCUCUACCAGACCAGGGCAUCAUCUCCCCUACAGUCCCAGCAGUCCUGCAGCCACCAGUGGGCCAUCUUUCUCCAGUUACAAGGGAUUCUACCUCUCCAACAACUACCAAAGAUGACGAGUCGCAACAGGAACACUACCACCGCUGUGACUUCUGUGACUAUGCAACAGAAAAACUCUUUAAUCUGAAACAACACAUCAGGAUCCACUCAGGCGAGCGUCCAUUUCAAUGCACUUUCUGCCCUCGGAGCUACUCGCAAGCGAACAGACUCAAGGAACACCAACGUAUCCACACAGGCGAAAAGCCAUUUCAGUGCCCUUCUUGCCCUCAGAGGUUCCCGCGCAAGGACACCUUCAAGGAACACCUACGCACCCACACAGGCGAGAAGCCAUUUCAGUGCCCUUCAUGUCUUCGGAGGUUCUCUCGCAAGUACAGCCUCAAGGAACACCUACGCAUCCACACAGGCGACCGUCCCUUUCAGUGCAAUUUUUGCCAUAAGACUUUUACACAUGACAGCAAGCUCAAGGUACAUGUGCGCAGCCACACAGCUGAGCGGCCAUUUCAAUGCCAUUUGUGCCCUCAGACCUUUACAAAGGAAACUUAUCUCAAGCAACACCUACGCAUCCACACGGGAUCAAGGGAUUCUACCUCUCCAACAACUACCAAAGAUGACAAGUUGCAGCAGAGAUGCCUCCACCACUGUGACUUCUGUGACUAUGAAACAGGAAAACUGUUUAAUCUGAAACAACACAUCAGGACCCACACAGGCGAGCGUCCAUUUCAGUGCGAUUUCUGCCCUCGGAGCUUCUCGCAAAAGCACGCACUCGUGGAACACCUACGCACCCACACUGGCGAAAAGCCAUUUCAGUGCUCUUCAUGCCAUCAGAAGUUCCUCCGCAAGGAUACCUUAAAGGAACACCUACGCAUCCACGCAGACGACCGUCCCUUUCAGUGCCAUUUUUGCGAUAAGGUUUUUACACAUGACAGCAGCCUCAAGGAACACCUACCCAUUCACACGGGUGGGCGACCGUUUCAAUGCCAUUUGUGCCCUCGAACCUUUACAAGGGAAAGCUACUUCAAACAACACCUACGCAACCACAGGGGUGAGCGACAAUUCCGCUGCACAAUCUGCUCCAUGUCCUUUUUGCAGACUGGUCAAUUGGACGCUCAUAUGAAGACAAAGCACCAAGGCACCACUUAGUAGGUUACUUAUCGUGUUGGUGUACCUUAUGUAUUAAGGGCAGUCUGAAUUGUGAAUCUAAAUAUGAGUGGAAUGAGAUGAAUUGCUUUCUGGUGCAUCAGGAUGUACAAGUGUUGCGAUAUGCUCUUAUAUGUUGAGCUGCCGAGUGACUUUGCAGCAUGUUCCAGCAUAAUCGAACAAGUUGCAGCGACAUACGUUGUAGUGACAUAUCUUGUAGCUUGCAUUACAGGAACUGUGUUCAUGUGGUAUCCUUUCAUGUGAAGAUGCAUGAAGUUUGAAGCGAUCAUCUGUCAACUGUGCUUGAAAAAUGCUUGUGCUUGCAAUAAAAUAGAGAUGAUAAAUUGCCAAUAUAGGCCUCUGAUUGGGACUUACUGGUGUUCUCCCAAUGUACUACCGUCUAAACGAAGAACAUGGUGAGCAAAAUGGCCCCUCGCCAUGUUUAGGCAUUGUCAAGAGACACAAGUGUGGUGCGUAAGUCACACAACAACAAUUGUGUCAGCAAAAUAAACCAUUCCCUAGCGCGAAAACAGCUCAAGUUUAAUAUGAAAGCUAAUGUGUCUUGCCUAUUGAGGGAGCGUUGCUUUCUGCCGGAGAAUCCAGGUUACAUGCAUUAAAGCCUCUUUGUAAUGAAGCACUGUUUGCAACAUCACCAGUUAAGGCAUGUGACUUCGGUAAAGCAUAGAAUGCAGAACGCACUAAACCACCAGUGGCAGCGUGCUGUACUGAGUAAUAUAGCGGAAGAAGAUAGAAAAGAACUGGUGGAGUUCAUAACGUGUACCGCAUUUACUCGUGCAAUGAAUGCACUUUAUUUCCCGAAAAAUUUGCACGAAGUUAGGGCAUGCAGGGUAAAAUUUUCAGCAAUCGUUUUUAUGUCCACGGACAAUUUGCCUAUUCCAUUCGAAUUCCAUCUGGCUUGGUGCCAUCAUUGUAUUACCAUUUCAUUCAAAGUGUUUAAAAAUGUGGAAUAAUUCUGGAAUCAUUCCUACUUUGGUGUGUCUGCUCUGCCACUCCUGUCGUCAAUACCAUGUGGCGUCCUGUUCAACGCAGUGUGUAAUCCACACUUCAUUCUGGAUAACACCCUUACCAUUGCAUCUGUUUAAAAUUUAAGAGUCUGUGCACAGUGCUCAACUGCUGCAACUACGGCUCAUGUGAAGUUGAGGAAAUGUUUGUAAUGAUACGUGUAUGUACUGGGCCGCUAUUUUGUAGCGAUGCCUUUAAAGUAAUAAUGCCUUUUCGCGCUUAUCACGUUUUGUCAGUGGUCAGAGCGACGGUCCGCUCACGAUAUCAACAUUGAUAACGCGAGCGGACCGUUGCUCGCUCUGACCACUGACAAAGUGCUAAAAGGCAUUAUUACUUUAAAGGCAUCGCUACAAAAUACCGGCCCUGUAUAACACGGUUGCAGAAAACGAGCUUGUCGUAAGCUGAAUCGAGGUUUAAAAUAAACAUUGGGGCAUUUUGAGUGUUGAUAUCUUGAGUUUGA